CCAAAAGUGUUCCUUUAUUUGUUUGUUUCGAGACAACUGUCCAAGCUGUGGCAAACUUAAAUCCGCUGGUCACCUGCCUACUUAAAUCCAGCUAAAAAUGUCUUCAAUCCUUCCCAGUGGGCGCGCUAUAACGAGGAAGGCUGCAUUCGACACUUGGGAUGCCUCGAUCACCAAGGUUUCUGACAUCGUUGCAGAGUUUGAAUGUCACAGUGAUGUGCUUCACCCUUUGUGCACACCAGAGCAUACAUUGGACGGUGACUUAAGCCAGAAACUAUCCCCUUCACACCCUGGGAUGUCAUUGGAGGAAGCUUACCGUCACCUCGACGAGAAGAUGGUGGAACUAGAGAAAAUAGAGCAACGCAUGAUGCGUGCACGACGUGAGCUGUUAGGGCUUCGUAAUAGCUCCUUGCACCUUGUUCCCGCAAACAAACUGCUACCUGAAAUUCUAUCUUACAUAUUUCUUCUUGGCGUUGAACAAGCCGAAUAUGACCUGGACAUGGCGGAAUCCGACUCCGAGAGUGAGGAAGGAGAACCAGCCUUGGACCCAAUCCCAUUUAAUCUCCUCGUAUCGCAAGUGUGCAGACGAUGGAGGACAAUUGCUAUCAAUACGGCUACUUUGGAGCUAUUCUGGGCGUCAACCUUACUCUGACUGACAUCGACGACCUAGAGAGUGAGGCACACAUCACCGAGGGAAUGGACAUCCUCGGCGAGCAUGUCUCAAAAAUCGGUUCUCUUACUGUCGAUGCAGCUACAGACAUGCAGCUUGAUCUCCUCCUUACGGCAUUUCUGCAGAGAUGUGAGCCGCAGCCAGGGACUCAUGAUCAGACUCGGGCAGCUCUGCGGAAGCUGAAGUUGGUAGACGUCUCCGGCUCAGGG